AUGGUUUCACCGCUAGUUGGGUUUGCAGGUACGCCUGUUUACCCAGCUGGUCAGAUAGCACUACCAAUUACUAUGGGAGAGGAGAGAAGUGAGAUUACGCGUAUGAUUGAUUUCAUAGUAGUCGACUGCCCCUCGGCAUAUAAUGCAAUCCUAGGAAGGACGACUUUGAACAAGAUUGGGGCAAUAAUCUCCACGUACCAUUUGAUGAUAAAAUUCCCAACGUCAGAAGGAGUUGCCUGUGUUAGAGGAGAUCAGAAAGCAGCACGGGAAUGUUACGUUACUUCACUCAGAGGAGCUAACAUCACCAUGAACAUAGAGAGUCUCGACACUCGGGAUGAAGAAAAGCUCCAACAUGGAGAACCCAUAGAAGAGCUUGUGGAAGAACUUCUGGAGCCACGGCAACCAGGAAAGAUAGUGAGAAUUGGAACAGGAUUGAGCACGGCUGCAAAGCUGAACAUUGACCCCACAGUGCGUCCUGUUAAGCAGAAGAAAAUAACCAUUGCUCUGAAACAAAAUGAAGCUGCAGCCAAGGAAGUAGAUAAGCUCAUACAAGCGGGGUCCAUUCGUGAAAUUCUUUACCCCGACUAG